CUGUUUUGGUGGGUAAAGUUUCCGACUUUCUCUGUGAUUCUCUUUCCCUCUCUCUUCCAUUGGAUUUAGGGCACACGAACACAAUCUUUGAUACUCAACCACACAUCUCUCCGAUCAUUCUUCAGGCCGCUUCAGGCUUGCAAUUCUUGUAGAGCUACUGAUACACAUCCUAUGGCUUCGAGUCAGUCUCAUGUUACUUUUAGUAGUUCAACAGGCCUUCAUUCAGGUUAAACCUAUGGGUUUCUUAUGGAGGUUUGGUUCUAAUACUUUUCAUUUAGAUUCCACUUCUCUCGCUUGACAGUUUUAGAAGCUGCCUGUACUCCAGUGACUGAAAUUGAAUGUGAGAUGACAAAAAGAUACUCAGUUCUAAAACCGGCCUUGGACUUGUAAUUGUCCUUUUGAGUCUACAAGGGAAUGCUUCUCUAUCUUCUGGCUCCCCAAAGACUGGAACAGCAGUUGUUUUUGACGAAGGAAUGAAAUUUGCCUAAUUCUUUUUACGCCUACCUCAUGCCAUGUCGGGUUUACUUAAUUCAUCUCUUAAUGGAUCGGCUUCAAAUAUCCCAGAUGGUGCUGGGCGAUCUUUUGCUACCUCAUUUUCUAGUCAGUCUGGUGCAGCUUCCCCUGUUUUUCAUCACUCUGGAACCAUUCAAGGGUUGCAUAACAUUCAUGGAAGCUUCAAUAUUCAGAACAUGUCAGGUGCACUAACUUCAAGAAAUUCAACAAUAAAUAAUGUUCCAUCUGGUGGGGUGCAGCAACCUACUGGUACACUUUCCAGUGGGCGUUUUGCAUCAAACAACCUUCCUGUUGCUCUCUCUCAGUUGUCUCACAGCAGCUCUCACGGGCACUCAGGAGUUGCAAAUAGAGGAGGUAUGAGUGUUGUAGGAAAUCCUGGAUUUAGUAGCAGCACAAAUGCAGUUGGUGGUUCUAUUCCUGGGAUUCUGUCCAGUUCUGCCGGUAUUGGUAAUCGAAAUGCUGUUCCAGGGUUGGGUGGAUCUCCAAUUUUGGGAAAUGUAGGUCCUCGGCUCACUAGUUCAAUGGGAAAUAUGGUAAGUGGAGGCAACAUAGGAAGAAGUAUAACUACUGGCGGGGGAUUGUCAUUACCUGGUCUUGCUUCUCGUCUUAACCUUGGUGCAAAUAAUGGAUCUGGAAGUUUAUCUGUACAAGGACAAAACCGUUUAAUGAGUGGUGCCCUUCCACAAGGAUCUCAACAGGUCAUUUCUAUGUUGGGUAAUUCUUAUCCUAGUGCUGGAGGUCCCCUUUCCCAAAACCACGUGCAGAGUGUGAAUAGUCUGAACUCUCUGGGGAUGUUGAAUGAUGUGAUCUCUAAUGACAAUUCUCCUUUUGAUAUCAACGAUUUCCCUCAGUUGAGUAGUCGUCCAAGUUCUGCAGGAGGUUCUCAAGGACAAUUAAGUUCGCUUAGAAAACAAGGUCUUAGUCCUAUUGCCCAACAAAACCAUGAGUUCAGCAUUCAGAAUGAAGACUUUCCAGCGUUACCUAGAUUUAAAGGUGGCAAUGCUGAUUAUGGGAUGGAUAUUCAUCAGACAGACCAACAUGAAAAUUCUAUGCCUAUGAUGCAGUCUCAGCAGUUCUCUAUUGGAAGGUCUGCUGGAUUUAACUUGGGGAGCACAUAUUCACAUCGACCCCAGCAGCAGCAACAGCAUUCUCCUGCAGUUAGUAACAGCACGGUCUCCUUUUCGCCUGCAAACAAUCAGGAUCUUCUUCAUUUACAUGGUUCUGAUAUGUUCCCAUCUUCACAUGCUGCAUCCUAUCACCAGCAGUCUAUUGGGCCUCCUGGUAUUGGUUUAAGACCUCUGAGCUCUCCUAGUUCGGGUUCUGGAAUGGGUUAUGACCAACUUAUCCAGCAAUAUCAGCAGCAUCACGGUCAAUCUCAGUUCCGAUUGCAACCUUUGUCUGGUGUUAGCCAGUCAUUUAGAGAUCAGGGCUUGAAAUCUAUGCAGUCAGCUCAAUCUUCUCCUGAUCCAUUCGGUUUACUUGGUUUGUUAAGUGUAAUAAGGUUGAGUGAUCCUGAUCUUGCAUCCCUUGCGCUCGGGAUUGAUUUGACCACGUUAGGAUUAAAUUUGAAUUCAUCAGAUAACCUUCACAAGACUUUUGGCUCCCCUUGGUCUGAUGAGCCUGCUAAGGGUGAUCCAGAUUUCAAUGUACCUCAGUGUUAUCUUAUUAAACCACCACCUACGCUCCAUCAGGGAUACUUCUCAAAAUUUACUCUUGAGACACUUUUUUAUAUAUUUUUUAGCAUGCCAAAAGAUGAAGCUCAGUUGUAUGCGUCAAAUGAACUUUAUAAUAGAGGCUGGUUUUAUCACAAAGAACAACGUUUCUGGUUCAUUCGGGUCUCUAACAUGGAACCACUUGUGAAGACGAACACUUACGAGAGAGGAUCGUACCUCUGUUUCGACCCCCAAACAUUUGAAACCGUCCGCAAGGAUAAUUUUGUUCUUCACUACGAGAUGGUAGAAAAGAGACCAGCUCUACCACAACAUUAAUUUUUGUUUUUAAUAAAAAAAUGUAAAGGUAAUUCGUGGAUUCUUCACAUGUAAGCCUUAGUUCUAUUUGUAGAAUUAAUAGUUUGUAAUUUGGUAAGCGUAAUUGAUCAUGUAGGCCCUUGUAAUUGUAAUAAGCCGAUUUAUUGGGUUUCUUCUCUGCUGUGUUUUACAAGAUACACUAGCUUAGCUUGAACAUCGUUUAUCUUAUGAAGAGCUGUCACAUAAUUUCUAUAUUGAUUUUAAAAA